AGUUUCGGCGGGGAGUUUGUUGGCCGAAUAUUUGCAGGAGCGAUGGCGGCGGCUCUCAGGGGUUUCGGAAGCGUGGGUACAGCUCAGUGAUGACUUGUGGUUACCGAAGGCUACCAUGAUGGCAACCUUGGAAAGCUUAUCAAAUGAUUCUUUCAGUUUGCAUCAAAAUGGACAACCGAAGAAUGAUUCUGGUAAAGAAAACAAACGUGUUUACAAACUUGCAACGGAGAUUAAAAUGGAUAUCGAGAGACUCUAUGAAGCAGUACCACACCUAUCAAAAUUUUUUUCCAUUGAAGACAAAAUUGGUGAAGGUACAUUCAGUUCUGUCUAUUUGGCUACUGCUCAACUGAAGUCGGGUAAAGUAGAGAAGUUUGCACUAAAACAUUUAAUUCCCACAAGCCAUCCAGUUCGUAUUGCUGCUGAACUUCAGUGUCUGACAGUUGCUGGGGGUGAAGACAAUGUAAUGGGAGUUAAAUACUGCUUAAGGAAGGAUGAUCAUGUGGUUAUUGUCAUGCCAUAUCUGGAGCAUGACUCCUUUUUGGAUCUUCUGAGUUCGAUGAAGCUGGAAGAAGUAAGAGAGUACAUGUAUAACUUACUGAAGGCCUUGAGACGCAUUCAUCACUUUGGCAUCAUUCAUCGUGACAUUAAGCCAAGCAACUUCCUGUACAAUGGGUGUCUGAAAAAAUAUGCUUUAGUGGACUUCGGUUUGGCCCAGGGGAUACCUGACACUAAAAUUGAGCUUCUAAAGGUAGUAAAGACAGAAGACCAACAGAGAAGUUGCAUAAGGAGUAAAUCAACUACCAGCUCUGGAAAUAAGCUUCCCUAUUGUGAAACGUCGAGUAAACUCUUGGUUCAACACAGUGCUGAAAAACAACCUAUUAAAAGGCCCUGGCCCCCCACACAAGCUAAACCUGGAAAGGGGGAGUCUUCAGUUCCACGAUCUGUAUUUGGGGAAAGAAAUAUGAAUGUUCGUAGUUCUGGAAUUAGUGAGGGAGUAAAUAUAAAGCCAGCAAGAUCUACAAAGACUGCAGAUAUAACCUCCAGGAAAAUAUUAGUGGCCAAACGCAAAGUGGGAUCACCAAAAGGUGCUUCAAGUUGUUCAAUCCGGAAGCCCAGCAUUUGUCCAGCAAACCUGACCUGUGAUUGUUAUACCACAGACAAGAUUUGCAGUGUUUGUCUUUCAAGACGUCAGCAAGUGGCACCAAGAGCAGGUACUCCAGGAUUCAGAGCUCCAGAAGUCUUAAUGAAGUGCCCUCAUCAGACUUCAGCUAUCGACAUGUGGUCUGCAGGCGUCGUCUUCCUUUCCUUACUGAGUGCCCGUUAUCCAUUUUUCAAAGCCAGUGAUGAUUUAACUGCAUUGGCACAGAUAAUGACUAUUCGUGGAUCGAAAGAAACCAUCCAGGCUGCUAAGUUAUUUGGUAAGGCUGUGUCGUGCAGUAAGGAAUGUCCGAAGCUGGAUUUGAGGACUUUGUGUGAAAGGCUCCGAGGAACGCACUGCUCCAGUAAAAGAAAGUCAAACCAAAGGAGUGAGCAGGUGGAUUGUUUAUAUAGCUCGGGCACAGUGCAAGUUCCAGAUGCCAAGAAUGAUGAAACAGAGGGUGCUUCCUUGUCAUGCACACAAGAAGUUCCAAACCAGCUCAGAACAGUGAAACAGGAUAUUCAGUGGAACUCUGAUUUCAAAAGCAAAGCCAAAUCUUCAGACACAAAGAACUGGUGUGGAGUCCCAGAUCUAGCCUAUGAUCUUCUAGAUAAGCUUUUAGAUUUGAACCCGGCAACCAGAAUAACUGCAGAAAUAGCUUUGAAGCAUCCAUUCUUCGAAGGCAUGUAAUUGUUUUUAGGAUACUUAAUGAUCCGUAUUGCGUCUGUGGUUAACUACUGAAAUGCACGUCAAUACGUUCAGAAUUUUCUACUAAAACUAACCAGCCUCUUUAGGUCAAGUUUUUCUGUUUCUUGACAUUACUUGUGAAAACUGCUGUUUCUUCAGUCGCUAGCUCUGACUUGAUAGUGAAUCUGCUUUUUAUUAAAAGGCAUGAAAUUCGUGCCUUUAGUGAUUUUAUUUAAAAUUUUAAUUUUCUCCCCAAGAUCUUCAAUACCAAACAGUUUCCCCUCCAACCAAGGGAACGCAAGGACUGAUAGCAUGGUGCAAGGGUCAAUAGCAGUCUACGUGUCUACACAAAGAUUGAAGGUUUUGGGCGGGUUUUCCUAAUGAGAAAAUGGAUCUAAAUUUUAUUUGAAAACUGAAUGAUUUGCACCCUUUAUUACCAAAAGCUCAGUCAUAACCAAUGUCUUGUUUUCCAUUUACACCCUUACUGCAAAGCAAUGAUCGUCAAUAAAAUGAUAGUUUAUUGAAAAAUGGUGUUUGUCACAUUUCUUGGUCACAAUCAUUGUUAGUUACACUGAUACUGAGGGUUGCAUUGAUGCUGAUGCAGAAUUAGCUGAAGUUUUUGCUAACAAAUGAUUGGGCACUAGACCCAAAUCCAAAUAAAACCCAUUUAUUUAUGAAUUGUUGGUAAUUAUCAUUACAGUCACCCGUCAAGCGCUUGGUAAAUGUGCUUAAAUAGUUACGUGAGCUUUUUAAAG